UUUUUAUUCAAUCACUUUAUUGUUUCAUACAAUGACUGCAUGGCAUUUUUUUAUUUUUGCUACACAUUUCAUUUUAUGCAGGCUCUUAAUCUGGUUGUUCUCGCUUAUGAUCGUAUGGUGGCCAUCAUGUUUCCUCUGCAAUAUCAAACAAUAGUUACUAAAAGAUCUUUGUUUUCUUUAAUAGCUUCUGUCUGGUUCAUUUGUAUAAUUAGUGCUUUAAUUGCAGUUGGUUUUCUUACAAGACUUUCCUUCUGUGAGUCUGUGAUAAUUAACAGCUAUUUCUGUGACCAUGGUCAGAUAUACAGACUUGCAUGUAAUGAUAAUAAUCCUAGCGAUAUCGUUGGUUAUUUUUUUACAUUUCUUGUUCUUUGGGUUCCUCUUCCAUUCAUCUUGUGUAGUUAUAUUUGUAUUGGCUAUGCUUUAGUUAAAGUAGCCACAGGUCAAGAAAGAAGGAAGGCCUUUAAAACGUGCAUAGCUCAUCUUUCAUUAGUGGCAAUCUAUUUUGUCCCAAUGUUAAUCACAUUUACUAUAGGUGCAAACAUACAUCCAAAUGCCAGGAUCAUAAACCUGUCUUUGAGCUCA